GGACAGUUCAUUAUCAAGUUGUUUUUAAAGCUGUUGGAGCUAGAACUAUUAAUGGUACCAAUAAUCAAUUGGCUCUUUCUGUUACUCAAAGAGUCCAGAAUUACUCUAUGAUAUACUAAAACGAUUACUGGAAAUGUUUAGUUAAAUGACGGUAUAUAUAAAUCCUAUAAAUGAUAUGUUUCUAGUAGAAGGAAAGAAACAGGAAAUAACCCUUGGAGAAAAAAAAAGACUUCUCUUGAGGAACAGCUUUUCCUUGCCACGCGAGAGGCGACUACGUGGCGGAUAUCGCGUGACAUGUUCGAACUGUGGCUUGAGUACAGCAUAUUCCCAAUCCAUAGCCUGUCCAUGCUGGGAAAGCAUGGACAGUUGGGUCAUCGGAUUCCUGACAACGCACCAGGAUGGAAAGAAACCUAUAUUCAGGAUUUGGCAUGACCAGCUUAGCCGAGACUGGCCUUCUAAAUGGUCCAAUGAGAAGGCUACUUCCUCAUGCUCAUCGCGCCUUGGUCCGGGACCGAGUCUAAAAACCGGCGUACUUCUGAUCACACUAACAGGUGGAUUCCUCCAAAAAUGGACCUGCAUUCCACGGAGCUCAACAAGCUUAAAGUGUAUUGGCUGCGAGAGCUUUAGUCCACAUAUCCGUGUUGUUUUCUUUGUAGGACCAGUCCACCUGGACCUGUUUUCGAAAACCCAUUGCUGUAGAUACCCGGCCCGACUUCUUCAUGUCUAACUUCUUCAUGAAACCAACAGUAUUUCUUUGUCGACAUCGUUCCGGCGUGAUCACACCAUAAUUGUGUGUUGAUACACUUCAAGCUCCUUAAAAGUCCUCUUAUCCAGAUAGCCUCUCUGGUUCCUUCAUACAAAGCUCCAAGCUCUGCAGUCAACGUAGAUGUUGCAAUCGUACUUGUUAGGGGCUUCACGAGACAGGGGUUACGUAUCUUUAUUUGAUUCCUGGUUUCCCUAUAACUCUACAGAAAUUCCCCGCCUUCAUUGCUUCAUCCAGAGGCCACGUGAAAGGAACCCUGAGAACUCGAGAGAAUAAUCUAUGAGUUGUUUAGAAUGAGAUCUGACGGAUCUUACAUUAAUCAAAGUACAUAUAGUCGCAUAUGCGCUUACGGAGACCAUCA